AUGUCAGCCCCUGCCAAAUCUCGAUGGGCAGAUGAUAACCCGGAGACAGAGGCCGAACUCCAGCGGCGCAAGCAGGAGAAGGAGGCAAAGAAGCGCGCAAAGGCAGAGCGACAGCGACUCAUCGCAGAAAGGCAGCAGCAGCAGGAGCAGCAACAACAACAACAAACACAACAAUCGACGGAACCCAGUGAUAAACAGCCGGAUAAGCCAGAAAAUGGAAGUGAACCGCCUACUAAACGACGCCGGCUGUCGAAUGAAACCCCCGAAGAUGCUGGCGCUGCACCACCGGCAAGGCUGCUGCAGUUUCCAGCCCCGGAAUGGGGCCCCUGCAGACACAUUGACAACUUCGAGAACCUGAAUGCAAUUGAAGAAGGAUCCUACGGCUGGGUUUCGAGGGCCAGAGAGACGGCCACAGGCCAGAUCGUGGCCAUCAAAAAGCUCAAGAUGGAAAACGCGUACGAUGGAUUCCCCGUCACCGGCCUGCGCGAGAUACAGACCCUGCUUGCCUCGAGACACCCGCAUGUCAUCCAGCUGCGUGAAGUGGUCAUGGGCGACGCAAUGGACGACGUUUUCCUGGUCAUGGAUUUCAUCGAACACGACCUCAAGAGCCUACUAGACGAGAUGAGAGAGCCCUUCCUGCCCUCAGAGACAAAGACGGUCCUACUUCAGGUGCUCGGUGCAGCCGAGUUCCUGCAUUCGCAUUGGAUCAUGCACCGGGAUCUGAAGACUUCGAAUCUACUGAUGAACAACCGUGGGGAGAUCAAACUGGCUGAUUUUGGAAUGGCGAGGUAUUAUGGCGAUCCACCGCCGAAAUUGACGCAGCUGGUUGUUACGCUGUGGUACCGGGCGCCAGAGCUGUUGUUGGGAGCAGACAAGUACGGUACCGAGAUCGAUAUGUGGAGCAUUGGCUGUAUAUUCGGGGAACUGUUGACCAAGGAGCCUCUGCUUCGUGGCAAGAACGAGGUAGCCCAACUCUCAGAGAUAUUCGCCCUUACCGGGCCACCAACAUCCCAGACAUGGCCAGGCUUUCGCUCCCUCCCCAACGCCAAAUCACUUCGUCUCCCACCGUCUUCUUCUGAUCCUUCUGGCCCAGCCGUCCCGCUACUACCUCGCUCAAAGUUUCCUUAUCUUACUUCUGCAGGUCUAAGUCUGCUCUCUCACCUGCUCGCGCUCAAUCCGGCAGCCAGACCAACAGCAAAGUCAUGCCUGUCCCACCCGUACUUUCGUGAAGAUCCCAAGCCAAAGCCCAAAGAGAUGUUUCCUACCUUCCCGUCCAAGGCGAAUUUGGAGAAGAGACGGAAGCGUGACACCCCCGAGGCGCCCAAGAGGGGGGAGGAAGCACCUAGGCUGGACUUCGCGAAUGUUUUUGGGGGAGGCGAUUCUGGCCCGACAGAGGCUGGAGCUGGCUUCUCUUUGAGAUUGGGCUAG